AUGGUGUCGCGUAAGCUUUCCAGAGAGGAAACCGAGCCUCAAAGCGCCCCAGAGCCCCAAGAACAUGGCCUCCUUCACCGGCUGCGGAACAUGUGGGAGUUUCCAAACUUGAUGCAGUACAUAUAUACAUUUGGCAAGCCGAUGAAGCUUGACGACGAUAUCGAUAUAGAGGAACUCGAGACGGAGUGCCUUAAACCUGGACACUCGGAGAGACUGCUCAACAUCGGUCUGAAUCUCCUCAAAUUUGUUUCCUCCCACCGUGGUCUCAAUUACGAUAAUUUUGAAGAGUACACACGGCGGCAGUACCUCGCGAAAGCACCUCUCCGCAACCCUUUUGGAGACGAUGAGACCCCAUUGAAGUUUCACCAGCUGGAUAUUUUCCAGAGAAUACGCGUUCUACAACAGCUAUCUGCUUGGACCCUCUGGAAUCCGGAUAGAUUUCGAGAGCGGAUGGGAGAGGUUAAAGAAUCCGACCAAUUACAAUGGAGAGUUAAUGAAAUUGGAUACGACCGUGAUGAACACCAAUAUUAUGUUCUUGAUGAUAACCGUCUAUACCGUCGCAUAGAACCUCAGAUCCCGCCGGAGAGACCUGUGAAACGAAAAGCAAACAGCAGGAAAGGUAGAGCAGGCGUCCGCUCAUCGAAACGAAGAAAAGUUGUCGAUACCCCCGAUGAAACCGAUGGCCAAGAGGACGAGGCCGAUACUGCGCUGUCAGCAUCGAAUUGCAAUCGAGACUACGAGUGGGAAUGUGUUGCCAUCACCUUGAAUGACUACAAUACAUUUAUUGACUCGUUAAAGAAGUCAAAGGACCUAAACGAACAGGCGCUCAUAGAGCGCCUCGUCGAAGAUGUCUUGCCUGUCAUUGAAAAAGUAGAGGAGCUACAGCAAAAGAAAGCUCUUCGUAGAGAAAAAGAACUGAUAGCCCUCGAAAAACUAGCCACUGCAAAAAGAUCUAGUAGAAUUGCUAGCAAACAAGACAGGAUACGCCAAGAGCAACAAGCGGCUGAAGAAGCUAAAAGACAGGAAGCUGAGCGGAUUGCUGAACAAAAGGCCAAAGAAAGAGCUCAAAAGAUUGAAAAAGAACGGCAGUACCGCUUAAUGACUCGUGAACAGCGUCUGAAAGACCGUGAGGAGAAGAGGAAACAGCAGGAAGAAGAGCUUGUUCGUUUGACUGAAAAGGCCAAGCUGGCUGAGGAGGGGGAAGCAAGGUUAUCACGCCGGAAUUUCAAUGCUGAGUUGGAAAAGCGACAGAAAGGCUUGGAAAAUCUCGAGGUUGAAGAAUGGACAUUCGACUGUUCUGGUUGCGGUAUCCAUGGAGAGAAUCUGGAUGAUGGAUCUCAUAGCGUCGCAUGUGACAAGUGCAAUGUCUGGCAGCAUAGCAAAUGCCUUGGUAUUUCCCAGGAAGAGGCAGAGAAAGACGACUUCCACUUCAUAUGCAAGGAUUGUCAGAGACGCAUUGAAGAAGCAAAGCGACCCAAGAUUCCACCGUUGAAGUUCCGCAUCACAUCAUCAGCUUCACCUCCUUCGAAAAAAGAGCCCCAGGCGAACAAUGGAUCCAUUCUCAUCAACCAACAACCUACCAACCACCAGAACGUUUCUUCGACCCAGCAAUUCCGCCCUGCCCCAAUUGAACCACGUCUAUUUACAUCAAAUCCCCCCAUUGUUGCAUCUCACUCAAUAUACGCUCAAAACGGCUCCCCUCAACCAGGAUAUUCUCCCGCUCCUCAGCCAAAUGCUGGCGUCUCUUAUGGACGUCAGCCUGCUCCUGUUCACCCCCUACCUCAAGCUUCAAUCCCCAGAAACAUGAUGUCGUCUUUCAGCAGCCAGCGUCCAACUUCUUCUGGCUCUAUACCAAGCAACUUCCCCUCCCCGGUCCAGAAUCGGCCAUCCAUGUCCCCAACUCAGGGCAAUGGAGAUGUCGGCCCGCUAGCCGGGUUCCCACCCGCUCCCGCACCAGCUCCUACCAGUAGCGCUCCCUCACCUGGAUCAAACGGCACAAAUCCAGGCACUACUUACCAAAGUAACCCUAAUGGCUACUCUCCAUAUUCUUCAUUCCAGAUUCAGCAACACCCUCAGCAACAACAUCAGCAUCAUCGACAACAGUAUCAUCCUUCAAGCCAAUCUUCAGCUACCUCUUUUUCAGUCACGACCAAUCCUCAGGCUUCAUUUAGCCAAACGCCUCCAUCAAAUCGCUACUCUCCUGGAAUUCCUAUGUCUGGCCUCAGCCCUACAAAACACUCUCCCGUGCACACCGCUUCCUCCAGCGAAGUUGGUGUUCAGCCAGUUGUCCCCCCUGUGCAGAGACUGCAACCUAGCCCGAAGCUGAUGGGUAGGACAUCACCGGAUGCUCCUAUUCCAGCUCCAGUGAAAUCCAUGGCCCCGGAGACAAUAUUGACAACUAAUGGAGUACCGCAACAUCACCACCCGCCUGGAAUAUUGAAUUGCUCUUCGCCUAUCUCUAAUCAUCCGAUCUCAUUUGAACAAAGGCAGCCAGACUCCCAAAGUCAAUGUUCCCCUAGAAAAUCCACUUGAUAUAACAGUAUGACUACCACCAUUGUUAGUGUAGAUGGUGCAUUUCACGAACAUUCAGAAAUGCCAUAUUGAUAUAUAAACGCCUACUACCGAUCAACCUCCUUGGAACUCAUAUACCUUUUUGUCCCUGUAUUAUUACUUCUCUUCGUCACACGUUCCAGGAUAUUGCUGCUUUUCUGAACGGCUUCUAUCGCAUACACACUGUGCCACUAAUUUUAUUCCUUGUUACCCUUUUUCCAAACGUGUAUCCUCUUGGUGUUAACCUGGACAUAUAAUUAAUGUGGGAUUAUACCAGUAUUAAUAGCAUAUAUAAGUAUGAGAUUUUCAACGUAUAUAUACACUUUCUAGUGUCUUAUACCACACUCCGAACAUACAACUACUUUUUUUCCCUAGCUUGUAUUGAUUUAUCACAUUCAAAGUGGCAGGGGCAGGCAUGUACAUUUUGGAUUAUAAAAUCCCAAGACCCCAGAGAGAUAUAUGUCCCAGCUCGUAGCUAAUUUCCUUUAUAUGUACCAGACUGGUAACUAAAUUGAUAAAAGUCCGAAUAUGGGAACAGACCCUCACUAUCCUGUAACAGCGUGUGCCUGAUUACAGAAUAGAUGAGUUACUCCGCAACAAUUUCAUUAUCCUGUGAAGUCCGCACGGCAGGCUUGGAGGAUUUGAUCAGAAAAAGCCUCAAGUGCGCCAACUAGACUGGAUAUUGAUAUAUAUCGAAACUAGUCCACAGAGAAGUGAGAAAUUUUAUCUUCAUACCAGGUGAGGAUGAUAAUAAAACAUGUUAAAGCAAGUUACGGCAGAACAAGUGCAUUGUUUAACUAAUUAGUUAGUGGCUAUUGAAGAGUUAUUAUCAGCCUUGACUAAUUUGAUAAAACCUCACGAGCUGGUCGAGAGAAAUACCUCGUCUCUUCAGCGACUACAGAUCUUAAUAGACGUAGACAAAUUACAUUAUGCGAUAACCUCGCUCAUUACGUACAGGGUAUUCAUCUGACGGCAUUAUUUCUGAGACGUGUUCUCCCUAGACUCGCUGACUCUUCCAACGUCAAGUGAUAAACUGUUGGUUGACGAAAAUGAUGAAUUACAACAGUUGGCACCAGCCCGAAACCAGACCGCUGUCCGAUUAUUAUUGAACCAUCUUAUCCCGCCGGGAAAGUAAGUGGACGGUCAAGCUGUCGCAAGCCUCUCUGGGCAGUCAGAAAGGCGAAGAAACUAAAAAGAAAUUAAGCCACGAGAAAGGACGCAAAAACGAGAUAAUUCCCUGGGCCCAAGCGCUGAGUCUCUGGGCAAUGAAGACGGAGGCGUGGAGCCUACGUAAGUAGCGGAAUAUAUAACUAGCAACCGGAGGCUAGCCAAGCAAGCGAACGAAGCUAGCGACGGAUAUCGGCUCUAACAUGUUGAUUUUGUCGAAGCUGAUCACACAGUUAGCGAAACACCCAAGUCAUUUGGACGCACAACGGUCGCGGCUCGGUCGCGGGAUUAUCGAGCAACUAGCACAAUUUCCCCCGCCCAAGCUACUCCAUACAGCGAAACACAAAUAGCGAAGAUGUGGAAGGAGGAGGAUGUUCAUUACCGAAAGUAAAAUAUCAGUGACAUCUCGUACAGACUUGGAAAAUUGCGCUUUUGCCCCAUUCUCAGUUCCGUCUUAAGCGCGGAUCCAGAUGUCUCUCUAAAGCGGAAUUGACAUAGGUCUAGAUCGCAGGUA